UACGGCUUUGAUUGACACUUCGUCGGGUUAAAAUAGAUUACAGUGAAAUGUGAAUACAUCAAUACAAAUUACAAUGAUAAUAUGUAUUAUAUUAAUAUAAAUUCAGUUGAGUCCGAGACACCGCGGCAGGCAAACGUUGACAUUCUUAAACAGCGAUUAAAAGUUUAUUUAGUAGCGUUCCGAGAAGCUCAGCUGUGUGAACAUCAAUUAUCUUGAUCAAAAUGGAAAUUAAUUUUAUAACAACUCUUAUAAAGCACGACGUAAACCACAAUGUGAAAAAGUGUUUCGAACCUAAAAAGGAUUUUAUUACGAGAAAAGAGGAAGUUAAAAAAAUUAAAAUGAGAUAUCCAAACAAGACACCGCUCAUAGUAACAAAAUACUACAAGGAGAGAGACCUACCAUCGAUGGACAAAAUCAAAUUUCUCGUGCCCGAAGAGAUCACGAUGUCACAGUUCCUAGUAAUAAUUCGUAACAAAAUUAGGAUAAAACCAAAUCAAGCACUGUAUCUAGUAAUCAACAACCGCUCUAUGUUAAGUAUGAGUUUGACAAUGGCUCAAGCUUACGAGAUGUAUGGAGACGAAGACGGCUUCCUCUACGUCACUUACGCGUCUCAAGAAGUCUUCGGUUACCAGCAUGAUAUGACAGGGUCAUACAAGGAAGUGCAAGUUAUCAGGGAUAGAUUUCCAAAUAAAAUACCGCUGUACGUGGAGCGGUACUCCAGAGAACGGGAGGUCCCUAUUCUCGGAAGAAACAAAUUUCUCGUGCCACAAGAGCUUACCAUGUCCCAGUUUCUCUACAUCAUCAGAACGAAGAUGAAACUGAGGGACUCGCAGGCCCUGUACCUGUUGGUCAACGAGAAAGCCCUAGUCAGCCACAGUAUGACGAUGGCGCAAGCUUACGAGCAGUUCCGCAGUCCAGACGGCUUCCUACACAUCACCUACGCCGCACAGCAAGUGUUCGGAUGAAAAUGAAACGGUACAGAUAUGGCGUCAACAAUGGAUUUUAAAACAUCGAAUGCAUCGGAUUAUAAAGACUGAUAGUAUUGUAUGAUUUUAAUUGUGAUAAUCCUAGUUAAAAUCCCCUGUUAAGUGUACAAUAUAAGUUUUAGUUCGUAGUUCUUUGUGGCCGGUCCGUCAAUUAAAUUAUAACAUUACUGUUCUUCUUAAAAUUGUUUGAAAAUGUAUUUUUGUUAAUAUACUCAUGCAAUCAAAAUACUUAUUUCUGUGAUCUCGAAAAUAUAUAUUCUCAAUAUGAUUUUAUUCCAUGACAUUAUUCUUGUUUGUAUUGCGAAUUAUUUUUAAAGAUUUAACAAGUGUUGUAUUUUUAGAGUUAGAGUUUUAAGAAAGUUUUAAAAUUUUAGUUACGUAGGUAU